CGUGCUAUGUACAAUCUGUCAGAAUAGGUUUUUCUCGUUCUUCUUGGACGCAUAAUCAAAGAAAACCAAACAUGUCUUGUAAUCCGGAAUUAGAAGAUGAAAAACUUCCAAUAAAAGUGGAAAUAAAGACAAAAGACGAUGAAUUGUGUCGUUUGUGUGCAGAAAAGACCUUUGAGUAUGCAUCGGUUUUCAUUGAUAAUCUCCAUGAGUCCCUAAAAACUCAUUUUGGAUUAAUGAUUGAAGAAAGCGACAACUGGCCCAAGUUUAUUUGUCGAAAAUGCCUACAGACUGCAAGAGUUUGCGUUGAUUUCGUUUCCACCAUCCGGGAAAGUGAGGAGACACUUCGAAAUGUUUACGGAGAUUUGAGAGAUGUGGAAAUUAAGCCGGACAUUGAGAUGGUUGAUGUAAAAUCCACGGGGGAACUUGAGAAUGAGAAUGAAGACGAUGAUGCUUUGGUGGAGAAGAGGAUUACACGGAAGAGAUCACAGAGAAAGCCAAUCAGGGAUUGGGGUGAGAAACCUGCAGCAGCAGCAGUGGUGGUACCAAAAAAGCGUGGACGCCCGAGAAAAAUCCCACCAACAGAGGUAGAGCAUAAAGUUGAAGCUAAACCCGCAACAUCCCCCAUAGCUCAAUCUCCCUCAAUGAUGGAACAAUCACCGUCAUCUCCUGAAGAAGAUAUACCAGGAUCGCCAUUUAUGCAGCAGGAUACGAGCACGGAUGAAGAAGACAUGGAGGAUGAUGACAACAAAAGUUCAAAGGGUGCACGUAAACGCGGACGACCACGUAUUCGUCCUGUAGCAGCUAAGCGCGCGGGGAGGAAGUACAAUAAGGAGAUUGCAGAGGAGAAUAUAAAGAAAAUUGAGGAAUUCUUCAAGAUGGAUUGCAAUCUGUGUCAGCAAUCGUAUACAAAACUGCGAGAUCUGCAAGCUCACUACCGCAAAGUUCACAAGAGGAAAGGCUAUGUUAUGUGUUGCAAUGUUAAAUUCAAUAGACCAUCGAAGAUAUUGCAACACUUUGACCAUCACAUGAAUCCAGAAGCAUUUAAAUGUACCGAAUGUGGUAAAUCAUUUAAGAACAAAUACGGCUUACGGCUGCAUACGGAGAAUAGCCACACACCACCGGAAUUGCACAAGUACAAAUGCCCAAAUUGUCCGAAAACCUUCAUGAGUAUGAUACGGUACAAGAAGCAUUCAUAUGUGCAUGUUACGGAUGCAGAGAAAAGCCACAUCUGCCCUCACUGUAGUAAAGCAUUUGCAUUUAAGGCGAAUCUUCAGAUUCACAUAAGACAAAUGCACGAGGAGGUGUCAUAUCAUGUCUGUGAAAUAUGUGCAAAGAUGUUUAAGAACAAGGAUGUCUUUCUGCGCCAUCAGAAGACACACAGUGGGGAGAAAAUUGAAAAGAUCCCCUGUCCCGUGUGUGGGAAUUCCUUCAAGUACAAAGCCCAAUUGAAAUUGCACAUGAAGCGUCAUAAUGAUUCGGGGCAGGUAUUCCGUUGUCAUCUCUGCAACAAGGAAUCCCCAAAUAGUUUGGCACUUCAUGAGCAUAUUAAGUACGUUCAUGUUCGCGAGAGGAAGCAUAAAUGUAACCUGUGUAGUGCAGCAUUUAAGACACCUAUUGGUCUCCGAGAGCACAUGGCCACCCACACAUCCAGUCAGAUUCUCUACACCUGCCUCUUCUGCCCCAAACAAUUCAACAGCAAUGCCAACAAGUAUGUUCAUCAGAAGCGAAAGCACCCCGUGGAAUAUGAGGCGAUGAAGCAGAAGAAAAAUUUGGAAAAUUUAAUCGAUAUGGAUCCAACUGAGGAAUUACAGAAUCUUCUAUAUUUAAAAGAAUAUUAUGUGAAAAUGUCUUGUUUAUCAAAUGAAGAUGUUAAAUACAGAGUUAAAGAAGAAAAUUUAGGAUGUGAUGAAGAAUUGUGCCGAUUUUGUGCAUCUAAAACAACCGAAUAUUCUUCACUUUUCAAUGAAAAUCUACAUGAAAAUCUAAUCCUGAAUUUUGGAUUAUCUAUUAAUCAAGAUGAUAAUUGGCCGAAAUUCCUUUGCAAAAAUUGCCUAAAAAAUGCCAAUCUCUGCAUUGAUUUUCUAAGCACCAUCCGGAAGACUGAAGAAGUACUUCGGACCAUCUAUGGGGAAUUAACAAAGACGAUUUUGACAAAACCUGAUAUUGAGUUGAUUGAUGUGAAGGAACUACUUCCUCAUUGUACCCCAAUAGAUCCGAAUUAUUGUGACGAAGUCAUUCCUGAGACAUCAUCAUUAAAUGCCGAUGAAGUAAAAGAAUUAUUUGUAGUGAAGACAACACUUAGGAAGCGUGGACGACCUAGAAAAAAAUCCCGCGAUGACACCACUAAUGAAGUGUUUGAGAAAAAAAUCCGUAACAGGUACGAAAGUCUCAGGGAGACGAGGAAAUUACCUGGAGGUUCGGAGAAAACGAAGAAAAUUGUUGGUGGGAAAAAGAGAGUGAUGACUAAAACGAAGAUUUGCAAGAAAAAUCGCCGAACAGCGAGUGAAUUUGAGGAACAAGAUGAGAGAAUAAGGGAUUUCUUUAAGCUACAAUGUAGCAAUUGUAGUGAAAUUUUUGACAAAUUAAAAGAUCUCCGAACGCAUUCCCUGAGGGUUCAUCAGGAAGAGGCAUACAUCAUGUGUUGCGACAAGAAGUUGGAUAAUCGAACAAAAAUCAUAAAUCACCUCAAUAUGCAUACAAAUCCUAAUGCGUACAAAUGCACAAAAUGCGAUAAAACCUUCCUCACUGAUAGGGGAUUAAUUAAGCAUGAUCUCAAUAAGCAUGUCCCUCCGGAGGAGCAUUUGUACAAAUGCUCCGACUGCCCACGCACAUUCAUGACGCUGUGUCGCUACAAGACGCACCGAGCUAAGCAUAUGAGUGAGGAAGAAAAGGAAUUCAAAUGCCCCCAAUGUGGGAAAGCCUUUGCCUUCAGGGCAGUCCUUUCCCAGCACAUACGCUAUGUCCACGAUGAGAGUAGCAAGCAUGUCUGUGAGGUAUGUGCAAAGGUAUUCAAAUCAAAGUACAACUAUCAAAUCCACAUGAGUAAUCACCUGGAUAAUGGUGUUAGGGAAUUCGCAUGUACACUCUGUGACAAAUCCUUCAAACGGAAGCGCCUCCUCAAAGUCCACAUUGAGCGUCACAAUAAGGCAGGGGAAGUCUUUAAAUGUGAUAUGUGUGGUAAGGAAUCCCCAAAUCGUUCUGCCCUCAAGUGCCACAUUGAGUAUUCUCAUAUGAAAGUGCGAAAGUUCGAAUGCAACCUCUGCAAUAGUGCAUUCAAGACGAAAUUAGGACUUAAAGAACACAUUGCUACACAUUCUCAGAGCCAAAUCCUCUACUCCUGCCUCUUCUGCCCCAAACAGUUCAACAGCAAUGCCAACAAGUAUGUUCAUCAGAAGCGAAAGCAUCCCGUGGAAUAUGAGGCGAUGCAAAAAGAAAAAGGAGGAAAAAUAUAAAUUUAAAUGAAAUUUUUUUUAAAUAAUAAAUUAUUAAUUUGAAAAAAA